AUGUCCUCUUUCCUGCUCAGACGCUCCGUCGCCGCCUCGGCGGGAGCUGCCCGCGCCUUCAGCACCAGCUCGCCUCGCUCCGUCGCCCGCAUCACCAUCAUCGGCAACUUGGCCGACACGCCCGAGGCCCAGACCGCCAGCUCGUCGGACAAGGAGUUCGUCAGAUACUCCGUCGCGAGCAACAGCGGGAGCAAGGAUAACCGCCAGACGAGCUGGUUCCGCGUCACCAGCUUCGUGGAUGGGCCGCGCAAGGAUUUCAUGCUGAGCUUGCCCAAGGGCACGCUGGUCUAUGUCGAGGGUGAUGCGUCCAUCAACUCUUACACGGAUUCCAACAACCAGGUCCGACAUGGCCUCAACAUUGUUCAACGCAGCAUCGAGGUCCUGAAGCGCCCUGCGCUCCCUGAGCAGGGCGAGUAA